CAGGGGUGAGGAAGCUAACGUCAUAAGCUUGCAACAUGGCGUCCCGAAGGCUGUGAGAUGAGCAAGAGGAUGGUAAAGACCGCUUGAGAACGACCAUACCGAUCUUGAGGUGGUGCACGUGUAGGAAGAGAGAGACGAGAGAGAGGGGAAAGAAGGACGGAGGAAAUGGAACUGCCAAAUCAUGCCAAACAACUGCUGCUGCAACUCAACCAACAGAGAGCCAAGGGCUUCCUGUGUGAUGUUAUCAUUGUGGUGGAGAAUGCACUCUUCCGUGCCCACAAGAACAUCCUGGCGGCAAGCAGCAUCUACUUUAAAUCUUUGGUCCUCCAUGACAACCUCAUCAACCUCGACACAGAGAUGGUUAACCCCUCGGUAUUCAGACAAGUUCUUGACUUCAUCUACACUGGGAAGCUACUGUCCUCAUCAGACCAGAGCAAUGAGCAGAACUUCAGUGCCCUCUUAACUGCAGCCAGCUACCUCCAGCUCCACGACCUUGCUGCUCUGUGCAGAAAGAAGCUUAAGCGCAAUGGUGGGAAACCCCUGCCAGGUAAACCCUCCACUCCAGGUCCCCUUAGCCGCUUACGUCUAAACAACCAGCGUCUUUCCUCUUCUACCCCUACUGGCCACAAUAACCACUAUCCUCCAACCCCUUCCGAUGCCGACCAGCCACAGCCAGAUGAAGGCCUUCGGGACAAGCUCUCAGAUGACGAGAUGUUUGUUGGCACCUCUGGGAAGAACGGGAAUGGGGGGAAUGGAAGCAGUAAUGGUAACCUCAGCAGCGGAGGAAGUGCGGGGGAACCGGACCUUGGUCUAGACCUCUCCAAGAAGAGUCCACCCUCUGCGGGCACAGCCACAGAUGCCCUCAGCCCACACAGCAACUCCCAAGGAUCCCCUCAAUCUGCCUCAGUAUCGACAACCAACAGUGCCUCACUGGAUGAUUCGUCUACCACCUUGCCGGGUGCAGACACCUGCAUCUCAGAGACCAUGGACCUCAACUCCUCCUCUAAAACCUCAGAGGAAAUCCAAAACCAGCCAGAGGGUCCUCCACCACAGAAAAAGUCCCGACAGGGAGCUCGGAAGAAUGAAUGGCCUAAGAAAGAGGCUUCAGGGUUGAAGUCUGAAGAUCACAGCAGGCCCCUGGUUAAUGGGGUAAUUGUUGGUCCUAAAGAUAGCCGCUCAUCUGGGAUUGGAGGUGGCAGUGGGAACAGCUUCACAUCUGACCAGUCCUUCCAGUGUAAGGACGAAGAAGAAGGAGGAGAGAAUGGCCAGGAUCACAGUGAGGAAAGUGGUCAGAGUGAUGGAGAGACUGCAGGAGGUGGAGGGGGAACAGCAGGGGGGCACCACAGCGCCAACUAUGUGUACAGGCAGGAAGGUUUUGAGCCAGCAUUUGGAGACAACCUCUAUGUGUGUAUUCCCUGUGGUAAGGGUUUCCCCAGUUCUGAACAGCUCAAUGCUCAUGUGGAGACGCAUACUGAGGAUGAGCUCUACAUCAAAGAGGAGGGAGGAACCUUUGUGAAAGAGGAAGAUGAGGAGGAGGCCGAGGACCUUUCUGCCACUGUAGGUCCUUCUACCUUUGGUUCUGAAACGCGCCCGUUCAAGUGUACAGUGUGCAGUAAGAGCUACAAAGACCCAGCAACCCUGAGACAACAUGAAAAGAGCCACUGGCUGACCAGGCCUUUCCCCUGCAACAUCUGUGGCAAAAUGUUCACCCAGAGGGGAACCAUGACACGCCACAUGCGUAGCCACCUCGGCCUGAAGCCAUUUGCAUGUGAAGAGUGUGGCAUGCGCUUUACACGCCAGUACCGUCUGACAGAGCACAUGCGUGUCCACUCUGGAGAGAAGCCGUAUGAAUGCCAGCUAUGUGGGGGGAAGUUUACCCAGCAGCGCAACCUCAUCAGUCACCUGAGAAUGCACACCUCACCCUCUUAGAAAUGCAUCAAGCCAAAGAACUCUGGGAAUAGAAAAUACAAACCUUUUCUCCAUCGCAAAAGCAAAGAAAUGCACACAUACACAUAGUUCUACAUAUUAAUCCAGUUUAUGAUGCCCUGGCUAAGUGAACGAUGUAGCAGUUAGCCACAGUGUGCUCUUGGUGAUGGUGGGAUCUUGUUGAUGCAAGGAUUAAGUUGCUCACCUCUCAGGAGCUCUAAAGGGACAGUUAACUGCUGUCUCUCUCCAAAGUCACAAAGCAAUGGUGGAGUUGCAUAACGUCUGGUCUGUUAAAUGUGAAUGUGGGUACUGAUAUAAUGUCAAGCCUCUCACUUCAUACCCUUCAGCAGCUUUUCUCUCUUCUACCUUUGAGUCUCUGAAGUUUUCAGAUGACUCAAGAGUCCCCUGUGUACUCCAGUGCUACUUUGACCAAAAAAAAAAACACACGUGCAAACAAUACUGGCAAUAAUUCAGCAAAAAGAUUAUUUUAACCCUGACAGCUUUAUAUGCUUCGUUGUGUUGGUUGGUGAUGGGUAUCUGUAUAUAAAGCCCUUUUCAGACAUGGGAUAUGUAACAUUGCUCGCUACCCCAAUCUGUUAAAGUGAUGGCCUUCUGGCAUACAGACAUGAUGACUUCUACAUCCAUAUUUCUCACAGUUAUACUGUCAUAGAUGUGACGGUGAUGAAGAGAGUUUCCAGAUUUGGCAAAAAUCCCAAUCAUGAUUAUUUUGGUCAGUAUUGUAAAAUGUAUUUAUUUUGCACAGUUAUUUCCAAAUGAUUGUGUAAAAUAAAUCUAACUAUACACAGUUUUUUACAGAGGAUUUCAUUUAAAUCUGAAUAUAAUUGUAAAAAAUAAAGCUUGAAAAGAGUUGAGGUGGUGGGCCAUUAGAAAUAAAGAGCUUGAACUUUUGGCAAGGAGCAAAACUGUACUACUGUAAAGGAAAGCAGUGCACUCAGGAACACAAUGUAAAAUCUUAGAAACAAAAACAAACACAGAAAAGUAAUUUUUUUUUUCUUUGCUAAUUUUGUUUUUGUAGUUCUCUUCGCCACUGACACUAAGUGUGCCUGCUAAAUAGUGCUGCUGCAUGGACUGUACGCCACCGCUUUCCCCCAGAAAGAUCUCUCCUCAGGAUUGGGAACAGCAAACUGUAUUAGAGAGUAAUUGUUUUCAUCUUACUACCACAAAGAAGCAGAUCUGGUGGGAUAAAAUGCAGUUAUGUGCAUGUUUUUGUUUCUCUUAUGGGCUAAGCAACACACAUCUACGCAGGUGUUCAGUCACAAUCUCAUCUCUGCAUGCAUUCAGACUUCUGCUGUGUUAAAAGCUACACAUAAACGGUAUCUAAUGCGAAUUCUGUCACUACUUUUACAGAGAAGUAACUUGGUGUGCUCAUUGAGGCACUCAGAAAACAUGUCUGAAAGGGGCUUAAGAGGAGGGGUAACUGGGUUUGGGACCAUCUCCAUGCUUUAACUGGAAGUUCUUGAAAGAAGGUUCACGUUGGAGGACACUGAUUUAAGUUUUUGUUUCACAGAUGACAAACAGUCUUCUCUACAGCUGUUUGCAUUAAUAUAGAGAAGAUUUUCAUUGUUUUCAGAUUUGCCUGCUAGUGCUCCCAGGAAUGAAACCUGGUUGGACAGAUGAACCCUUGAGGUACUUGUUUUUUGCUUAAACAACUUGUCAUGUUUCAGUGAAUGUUUAAACUGGAAGGUCUUGGGAUUUUUCUUGUGGA